UUUUGGCGCGGUUGUCAGCCAUCUUGGAUCUGCUUCACACUAAGCUUUCUCUGCGCGAAGAUACUUCAUUGAUUGCUCUUCUUGCGUUGAUUCGGAAGAAACCGGUUUUGCAUCCAAGUGUAAACAAAUAAUCAGUUAUUUGUUUUCUGCUGUUAAAGCUAACUCGGGAUUAUUUACGGAAUCGUUAUGGCGACUGCUAACGUUACUCCAGGCCGAGCAGCGGGCCGGCCAGCGGCCUCUACCCCCCUGUCCCCGACCCGUAUAUCUCGCUUGCAGGAGAAGCAAGACCUGCAGCAUCUGAACGACAGACUGGCCGUGUACAUUGACCGUGUCCGGUCAUUGGAGCUGGAGAAUGACCGACUGAUGGUCAAAGUGUCUGAAAAGGAGGAGGUGACGACCAGAGAGGUUAGUGGGCUCAAAGCUCUGUAUGAGGCAGAGUUGGCUGAUGCUCGCCGAGUUUUGGAUGAUACCGCUAAAGAUCGAGCCAAGCUGCAAAUUGAACUGGGGAAGGCUCAAGCUGACCUGGAGGAAGCUACUCGCAGUGUCAAGAAGAAGGACGGCGAUCUUGCUGCAGCUCUGUCCAGAGUCGGCGGUUUGGAGGGUCAGCUGAAUAAGAGCGAAGCGUCUCUUUCCACAGCUCUGAGUCAGAACGCUUCGCUGACCUCGGAGCUCGCUGACAUCAAGAGCCAGCUGGCCAAGGCAGAAGACAGUCAUGCCGUUGCUAAGCGACAGCUGGAGGCGGAGACUCUGAUGCGUGUGGACUUGGAGAAUCGCUGUCAGUCACUUUCCGAAGAGCUGGAGUUCAGGAAGAGCAUGUUUGAAGAGGAGAUGCGUGAAUCUCGGCACCGACGGGAACAAAGAAUUGUUGAGGUUGAUUCUGGAGUCAGGCAGGACUACGAGUUCAAACUGGCACAAGCUUUAAACGAUCUGAGGAAGCAGCACGAUGAGCAAGUCUCUCUCUAUAAGGAUGAAUUGGAGCAAACCUUUCAAGCCAAGUUGGAUAAUGCCAAGGUGUCUUCUGCGAUGAAUGACAAAGCUAUGAGCUCUGCGAGGGAGGAGCUGCAGGAGUCCCGGAUGAGAAUAGAGAGUCUUGGUUAUCAGAUGAGCGCCCUGCAGAAACAGCUGGCUGCCUCAGAGGAUCGUAUCAAAGAGCUGGAGGACGCUCUGUCCUCGGAGCGAGAUGCGCACCGCCGUGCCAUCGAAGGAAAAGAACUAGAAAUGUCUGCGCUGAGAGACCGGAUGAACGCUCAGCUCAAUGAGUACCAGGAGCUGCUGGAUGUUAAGCUCGCUCUGGACAUGGAAAUCAACGCCUACAGGAAGCUGCUGGAGGGAGAGGAACACAGGCUAAAACUGUCCCCCACUCCAUCGGCUCGAGUGACUGUUUCCAGGACAACAGGAUCCUCCUCUUCCCGCACCUCCAAGAGGAAGAGGGCCGAGGCCGAGGUUCAGGAAGUGUCCGAGAUCCGUGGAGAGGAGCAGCUGCUGGUGUCGGAGGAGGCCACGGCUAGCGGAGUCGUCACCAUCUCUCCCACCGACAUGGAUGGAAACGCUGUCACGCUCGCCAACGACACCGAGCAGGACCAGCCUUUAGGCAACUGGAGAAUAAGAAGACAAGUUGAUGACGAGGACGAGCUCCUCUACAAGUUCUCCCCCAAGUACGUCCUCAAGGCUGGACGGACCGUCACGGUGUGGUCUGCUGAUGCUGGAGUCGCCCACAGUCCACCUUCUGACUUACUGUGGAAGAGCCAGGCUAACUGGGGAACAGGAAGUGUCAUCGUGACCUCUUUGAUCAACGCUGACGGAGAGGAAGUGGCCACGAGAAGUGUCACCAAGACUCAGGUGGAGAUAGAAAACGGCGAAGGGGAGGAGGAUGAAGUGGUGCAGACGGGCAAAGUGUCGUCAAGAGAGUGUGCCGUGAUGUGAAGCCUUCUGCUUGUGUUUAUGGUUUUAUCCACUUAUCUUUGUGUAUUUUAUUAUUACUUUUUAUUGAGAGCCAUUCCAAUAAGAAUUUUGCUCAUUUAGUGUUUUUAUCAUUUCAGACUUUACUAGAAAUUUUUAGAACAUUUGGGCUGUUUUUGUUUUUGUUUUUUUUUUCCUUGAAAUAUAGUCAGCAGAACCACUGUCAGUAAACAAGACGCCAAAAAACUAAAUCUGAACUGUUCAUCCCAAGUAUUUGUACACUUUAUUUUGGUCAAAUCUGCUGUAGAUUAAAUUUUUUGUAACAUAAUAGUAAUCUGCAAAAAA